UCGACACUUGCUUGUUCAAAUUACAGUAUAUUUACGAGAAUGUGCCAGACGCGCGGUUUGCUCAUUCGCGUGAUGGUGCGUGUCUCCUGGCCUGUCGAAUCUCAUUGAAUGAUGCGUGAAUAAUCCAAUGGACCGUGCGCACCCACGAGUAAGAGAGAGAGAGAGAGACAGACAGACGCUGCGAAGAUUCUACAGAAAGCUUGAAACUCGAUUGUUGUGUUACUCACCAAAAACAUGGCCAACGCGAGGUGUUGCGUGUCGUAUGGACGUCGUCGAAGUAAUGGAUGUGGCUCAAGUGCAAAACCGCCGAGCAAGCCUGCAACUUACAUCUCGCUAUUCGGACUGGACAAAGCUUCGGAAAUAGCGGAGAGAGUCACCACGUCUGAGCGUGAACUUGCACAGUUUAUGGCCUUUGAACAGGUUAACCGACUCAGGGAAAAAAAAGUCAUCGCACGAAAUAUUAAGGAGCGAGUGAAAUUGGGUUUGGAAGCUUACGAGGAAGAUAUCGAGGAACGUCGAGAUCGCUUGCGCGAACUAUUACUCCGGGAAGAAGCAGAACAGACGCGAGAAUUAGUCGAUCUAUUUCGCCUGAAAGAGAAGCAACGAAUCGCCGAGUUGGCUGAAAAAGCAGCCGCAGAAGAGCGAGAACGCGAGCAAGCUCGACAGACAUUACUGAAAGAGAAAAAACUUCAACGAUACGUCGAGAGCAGUCAAGAAGUGCGAAAAGGUCGUAGUCAGGCUUGGUUGGAAGAUGCCAAACGUAUCAAUCUUGUGCAAAUUGACGAGGCUGCAAAAAUACGAAGACUCAAACGAAACGAAGAUCAGUAUUGGCAUACACUGGAAGAAAGUCUCAGAACAGUAGCGCUCGAGCGAGAAGCAAAAAACACUGCAAAAAAGCAAGAAUAUACCCGUCAAGUAACCGAAGAACUAAAGCGCCAAAUGGAGCAAGCACGGAAAAUGAAAUCUCUUAAAAGUGGACUUCUUGCCUCGGAAGAAACACCGCCGUUUUAUCAAAGACAGGGAGACAAGAGCGCGGAGGAAUUAAAAAAUCGCGAACAGAAGCUAAAGAUGCGCGAGGAUCUGGACAAACAAUUGGCCGAAGCGAAGCGUAAGCUAGAGGCUCAAAUUCAGCAAGAGGAGGUGCUCGAACGUUACGAAGCUAGCUUCGGUGUAAUCAAACCAAGCGUCGAUAAAGAGACUCGACGUCGAGAGAUGCUGGCUUACAUGCAAGAUUUACAGGAAUUUCGUAAGAUAAUAUCACAACGAGAUGUUGAAGUCGAGAACUGUAUAAAACAAUUGGCAAUUGAAGCCGAUAAUCAAUGCAUCGAAAAAGCGCUUCGCAAAAAGGAAGAAGAAGCUAUGAAGAAUCAAAAACUUGCUGCUACAUGGAAAUGUCAGCACGAAGAAAAAGUAAAAAAAGAGCAGCUUGAAAACCAAAUUAUUCGUUCAGAAGGGAGAGAACUAACCGAUGACGAUAUACGAAGGGAAGAACGUUUGCGUCGUCGUCAGGGAGCCAAGAAAUACGGUCUUGAGCUCCGAAGCCAAUAUGAACAAAGUAAAGUCGAGCGGGAGCGCAAAGAGCGCAUCGAACGCGAGCGCGAGGCACUCAGACUGGCUGAACUUGAACGAGAGGAAAAUUUUUUCAAAGAAGCUCUGGCAACGAAACUUAAUGCCUGCACGUAAAUAGGAUACUCUUUUACA